AAACCCGGAAGUGUCCCACACCUGCAGUUGUUUUUCUUCGAUGUCUUUAGCACUUGAGCCUCGCAAAGACGAUGUAAUGACUGAAAUAUUGGAUGUGAAAACAUGGAAGUAUCUAUCCUGCGUUGCUCCCUUUUGUUUUUGUUUGCAGCCACAGCCCUAGCAGACGAUGGACAGGUGACGUUUGUGUCCGAACUCUCGUCCAAACCUGCCCAAAAACUGUCCAAAUAUGGCUGGUACGGAAACGUGAGGCUCCACAGGUUCCAUGUCCCAGAGGAGACUGCUGUCGCCCGCUGGGUGUUCACAGUGACCAAGAACCACAACUUUAACUGUCGACAGUAUAACGUCUCCAUAUAUUUACGAUGGGGGGCCCCUCCUGUCAUAAACCCAGUUGGGACAGUGUUUCCCAAAGACACUGUGUGGAGCCAUCCUCAUUCUUUGAGAUUACCAGUGCCAGUGACAUUACAAAGCUCCACAACCUUUAACCUGACCUCCCCAGCAGCUGGUGACUGGUACAUUGCUGCUCACUUGCCUGAAGAUGAUGGUCGUAUAGAGCAAAAGGGCUUUCCAUCCUGCUCCUAUUUCUUCCAGCCUCAGCUGUCUAUCCGAAAAGCAGUCGAUACUCCAGUUUUAGAGCAGGGCACCAUCCUCCAGCAGACCGCUGGUCCAGACCGGUCUGCACGUCUUAAGUUGUAUAUUCCCGAGUUCUCAUCCUCUGUGUCUGUCUGGCUGAAUAACUGUUCCUCAGAGGACCCCCACAGUGAGAACUGUUCUGUGGUCCUUAGGCUGGGCUCCAGAGCUCUGCAGGAGGAGCCACUUUCUGUGAACUGCUCAGGGACUUAUUGCUCUGCCACCCUCCCCAAUCCUCCAUGGGACAUGUGGUUACAGGUUGUCGUGGAGACCAGCAACAGCAACCGCACUGUGACAUUCAAUAUUGUCUCAAACUACACAGUGAGGUGUAAGCCUAAAAGUGUAGGCCUUGCUGCUGGUGAUGAUUACAGAAAACUCAGAGGCAACAUUAGCUCUUUAAACUCAACAUCACCUAAAAACAGCUCAGAACCUGUCCUGUUUAGUAACACAUCCUUCGCCUUGACCCCUGCCCCGGGGUCAGCGUGUGUGUGGAAUAUCCCAGUGCUCAGUGAGGAGCUGGACGUCCUGUCUGUCCGAUACACUCCCACCAGCGGAGCCAACAUCAGUGUCACAAAUGCACAGCCCACUCUGCUGAGGUACCCUUUGCACACAGUCACCACCGGGGGCACUCUCAACUUCCAGCUCGCACUGAACUCUACUAAUGCCACCUUGGGAAAUGGAAGCAGUGUGGUGGCCUGUCUAUCUCCAUGGACACCAGUUCUUGAACUCAAUCACUCAGUGUCGUGUCGCACAGCUCUGUUCAAAGGAUACAGCAUCCAUGUGAAUACAAGUGUGCCCAAAGCUGUGGUCAGACUGCCUUAUCCUCAGUCAGCAACCUGGUACCUCACUCUGCAGCUCACCUGUAACGGCACUGACUGUGGUAAUGCAUCAGUGGUGUCAGUCGUACCAGAGGUGUUCGUCAGCGCCUGUGUUGAAGACUGCGGCACCUAUGGAGAAUGUCGACUCAUCAGAUCCUUCACCUACCUCUACGCUGCGUGUAGCUGCAAGGCUGGCUGGAGCGGCUGGGGAUGCACUGAUGACUCCAAAGCUCUGUCCAUCAGCCGGCAGGUUAUUGCAGCUCUAAUGCUCACGAUCAGUAACCUCUUCUUUAUACCUGCCAUUGUUGUAGCUGUUAAACGCCACUACAUCACUGAGGCCUCUGUCUACCUCUACACUAUGUUCUUCUCUACGUUCUACCAUGCUUGUGACCAGCCCGGUGUUGCUGUGAUGUGUAUAAUGGACUAUGAUGCUCUGCAGUACUGUGACUUCCUGGGUUCAGUCUGCUCCAUCUGGGUUACUAUUCUGUGCAUGGCUCGGAUUAAAGACACUUUUAAAUAUGCUCUGUUUAUGCUUGGAGCACUGCUGUUAGCCUUAUCAAUGCAGCUGGACCGCAAAGGCCUUUGGAAUAUGCUAGGCCCUGUUAUCUGUGCCCUGCUGAUCCUUGUGGCUGCCUGGGUAUAUCGAGGAGUGAAGCGCCAUCACUGCUACCCACCCUCCUGGCGUCGCUGGGUGUUCUUCCUGCUCCCUGGUGCCCUCUGUGCCCUCAUUGCGGUGAGUGUUUUUGUUUUUGCACAGACUGAGGACAACUACUACUACACGCACUCACUGUGGCACAUCCUGGUGGCGGGCUGUGUGGUCUUCCUGCUGCCUCCUAAAGAGAAACACAGAGAGGCGUCUGGCUGGACUCAAGGUUUCAGCUGGACCUGGAACUGGAGGCCCAGGGUUUGUGGGUACACACUUUGUGAGAGUGGCAAAGACGAACUGUACACAGUUACAUAAGCAGCCAUGUUGUGGAGAACAUGUCUGCGUGUGUUUAUUUAUACGAUUGUUCUGGAUUGUACUUGGAGCACCGACGAAGGCAUGAUAUUAUGACCACCGACAUCCAAGAUUAGAGAUACACAGAUUCCAUACUAGUAUCGAAUAUAGGCACCAAUACUAAUCUGAUACUGACGUCCAAACAUCUGUUCAGUCGAUAUACAUGUUGGACAUAUAAAUGGUAUAAGACACUUUCCUGGUCGUAGUUGGCUGAGGAAGUCUCAUUUAUAUAAGUUUUUGUAAUUUGUCUGGCACUUCGUAAUAUACAAAAUAAUCCCUCCACAGGUGAGAAAUGUAUAUAAAAAUAUACAGUAUAUCAAAAUUGUUGUUCAGUAUUAAAAUAACUAAAAAAAACUUAAAAAUCAUUUCAUCCUUGCCUUUAAAAUUAUUGGGGGUUUUUUUACAUCAGUUUUUGUGUGAUACUAGAUAAAAACUUCAAAGUCAUUUACAAGCACAUUAUCAAAAAUGAUAAUGCCAUCAUUGCAUACUUUUUAUUAAGUCAUAACAAACCGUGUAAUGUGGAUGCUAGUGGUCUUAAUAUUUAGUGUAGUCGGUGUAAGUCCUUUGUCUCUGUGUUCCAUGUCUGAACUAAUAUUUUACAUUUUACAUAUAACUUGUAAUCUUAAUUAGGCAGACUUUAUGUUGCUCACACAAAAGAAUAUUCAAAGUAAACCUGCUGAAACCUCUACGAUGAUUGGUUGAAACGGAUCAUCUGAUACUAGACCUCCUCAUGUGACAUGGUCUGGUUGCAGAUUGUGUGUAGAUAUCUUUUGGAUAUACAUAACAGGAAUGUUAUUAAUAUUUGUAAAUGCACUUUACUUUAAUAAUUUGUUUGGGAAAAUAUGGGGAAAAUAUAAUAACAGAUUUAUAUCUUAACAGUCAAAUUAUUUUCUUAAAUGUUGUGUCCAAUCAGAGAUGUGAAAAAUUCACCACUCCUACACUCUGAAGCCAAUUUGUAUUUUUAUUUCCUCAUGUCUUUUUGGGAUGCACUUUGAUUAAAGAAUACACAGGGUCCCUACUUACAUAUGCAGUACAUAACAAUUUUUGAUUGUACUUUUGAUCUGUGCCUCCUUUUGGUGUAUUUGCUACUACUCCUGUGUUAAGUUGACCAAAUACUUAUUCUAUUGGCCGUUUCCUGCACUGUAUCUGAAUGUGUAAUUUAUCUGAUUUUGCACUGUCAAUGCAAUCACCCCUUUGCCUUGUUUACAUAAUGCAUCCUUGUGUGGAUUUGAUGUAAUUUUAUCUCUCAAACUGUUCUUCCACUGUGUCUUUGCUCAGUUAUCCAAAUGUAGUACGAGUUUAAAUGUGUAAGUACUUUUCUGUUAAAUUUAUACCAAUAUUUAUUCCUGCAUUUAAGAUAUCAAAAAUAAAUCUGUAUUGAAAGUCAUCUGCUCUUGUGUAGCUCAGGUUGUUUUGUUCUUUCAUAGAGCUCAAAGUGGAUGGGAAAUGGAUGGAAGCGGAUUAGGAUAAUCCCCAGAAAUAUGAAAGUGCUGUUUGUACAGAUGAAACACAAUGUUACAGUGUGUAAUAUGUGUAAUGUUGCCCUCAUCAUGUACCAUCCAUUGGAAAAUGUCAACAAUAAAAGAAAA